AGGAACGUUUAUAUUUUUUUUUAUUUGAGAUCGCAUUUUGGAAUAUAUUUUUUGCUGACUUUUAAGUACUAAAUUCGAAAUGUUAAGGUUAUUUAAGGGAAUGAAAAACAUAAUUACGCCGGCUUAUUAUGCAUCACGGAAGCACAGUGAAAAACAAUCUUCUCACAAUGGACCCACAGUUAAUCCGGUACUGCGAAAAAUGCAAACCAUUCCUUGUGGCAUCUUUGCUCCGCACAUAAAUAAACAGGAUAAAUUCAUAUAUCAAGUGGAGGAUGAAAACUUUAGUCGAUUUUGGAAGGACGUGCCGUCUCUAGAUAGAGGCAUACUAAGUUCAACUAGAUUUGAACAAAUCAAACCAUCAGCUACUGGUGAUGACACUGAUGAAUGGUUUUCAGAGGUUCGUAUGAAGUCUAAAUCUUGCCGUUCAAAGGGAUCUCAAUCAAUAUCGACGGAUAAAAAUAAAAUUGAUCGCUGUGAAGACAUUUAUCAAUCUCAAUGUGUGUCUAAAGUGGACAACACUGAUGUAAUAUUACAGAUACAUUCAUUAACUAAAAGGCGUAAAAGUUUGAGGGGAAUGGUUAAGCAGAUCACGAUUUUUUCACUUUAUCCAAACAAAAUGCAGAAUAAAUUGCCGCUGCCAGUGGAAUCACCUAAUCUCUUCGCUACAGGUUUUCUUAAACCUAUUAAAAAAGUAAGUAUCAUACAUUCCAUUCCACUUAAUACCUUUGGGGUAGUACGCAUUGCAGAUCAAAUGCCAAAGGUGAAAAUGAAAGAAAAUAAUGCUUGUUUAGUGGAUGAUAAUCUCUUGCUGUACUUACAAAUUUAUAAUCGACGUCCAUGUGCUCCGCUUGGUGUGGGUUUCCAUGAUAAGGAUCAUUACGAAUCAUUAAACAACUAUACCAAUGUUUAUUCUAUUGAACAUAGAUCUAUGGGUAUCAAAGAUCAAAUGAAAAAUGAGAAAAAGUUGGAAAGGAAACAUGUUGAUCUCUUGCGGUACUUACAAGACGGAAGUCCACGAACUCCACUUGAUGUGGACUUCUAUAGUGAUGAAUUACCUUAUGAAUUGCCGAACAAUACGUACCAAUCUAUUGAAUUUUUGGAUACUGAAAAUCCAUUGAUUAAUAAUAAGAUAAAGUUAGAAAGGAAAGAUGAUUAUAGCGAUGAGUGUCCACGAACUCCGCUUGAUGUAGAUUGCUAUAAUGAAGACAUUCAUGGAUUACAAAAUACUCCCACCAGUGUUAAUUUUAUUGAACAGGUAUUUAUGGGCUUAAAAGUGAUUUCUGGAAUGUUACCGCUUAAAAUUAAACGGUAGAAUGCAGAAUACUUCAAAUAAAGUGGCUUUUAACGGGGAUGUUGAUUCAAAAUAUUUAAAAAAAAUGGGUUCUAUUUUGAAAAUUGAAAAUAAAUUUAUCGUACGUUAUUAA